AUGGAAUCAUCUAUCCUUCUUGUCGGUAAUGGGACCAGUAACGGGACCAGUAAUGGCACCAGUGCGGUGGAGCUGGCCUAUGGUUUUGUCUCAUGUGCUGUGGUUGUGGUGUUCUUUGGCAGCUCCCUUCUUCCCAUGAAGAAGUUCGACACUGGAGAUGGUAUGUUUUACCAGUGGGUGGAUUGUGUCGCUACCUGGAUAGUGUCCUUGGUGGUGAACCUUAUUCUAAACAGCCCUAAGUUCUUGCCCUUAGCUAUGCUGGGAGGCGUCUUUUGGUCAACCGGAAAUGUGUUUUUGGUGCCCAUUGUGAAGACAGUUGGUCUUGGCCUGGGAUUUCCUGUUCUGAAUUCAUUUAACCUGCUCGUGGGUUGGGCCAGUUCAAGGUUUGGCUGGUUUGGCAUCAAAGCAGAGAUCGUAGCAGACCCAGUGCUAAACUACUGUGGGGCUGGAUUAUGCCUGCUUAGCACAAUUGUAUUCUUCUUUGUGAAGAGCGAUGCCCAGAGUGUUCGCACAGAGCAUGAGCCUCCACUCAUACUUGAUGUACACAGUUCAUGGGUGGACAAACUACGACCAACAACUAAAAGAGUUUUAGGCUUUGGGAUGGCUGUUGUCUCGGGUGUCUUACAUGGCGCCUGCUUCAUCCCCAUGCUCUACAUGAAAGGCCAGGCCGACAACCCUGACAGCCUUUACUACGGAGCAAGCCAGUUCGACCUGGACUAUGUGUUCUCUCAAUGCAGUGGGCUCCUCCUCUGCAGCACAGUGUACUUUCUCAUUUACUGCGCUGUGAUGAAGAACAAACCUAGACUCUUCCCCAAAGCCAUUCUACCAGCGUUUGCAUCAGGGGUUAUGGAUGGCAUUGCUUCCUGCUGCUGGUUUCUAGCUAAUGAGUAUUUGAGUGCUGUGGUCAGCUUCCCCAUCAUUACCACGGGCCCGAGUGUUGUCGCAGCCCUGUGGGCAGUACUGUUAUUUAAGGAGGUAAAGGGAUUACAGAACCUCUUGGUCCUUGGACUAGCCUUCUGCUUAGCGAUAGCAGGCACGUUGCUCACAGCCUUCUCCGAGGUCUAAUGGAACUCGAUGGAGCGCGCAAAUGAAGUGUAUUAUAUUGUCCACAAUUUGUUUUAAAUUAUAUUACUAUGAGGAUACAUUCAUUUUUUUUCUUUACAUGUUGAAUGUUGUUUCAAGUGAUAUAUUAUCCACCCCUUACAUUCCCAACUUCAUUCUUUGAUGCUAUGAUGUCUUGUGUUGUAUUGCUAUGAUGUCUUGUGUGUGUCUACAGACCAUUCACUCUCAUGAUCCUUGUUGUCUUGUAAUCUACUUUUUCACUUAUUCAUGAUAUUAAAGACGAGUUUUCAUCGGGGACUGUAAAAUGAGGAAUAAAAUGUGUAAACAUUUUUUAGUAUUUUCCUUAACCCCGCAACAUAAAUAGGCUACUAUGCCAUC